CCCGGCCGCCGCUGGGCGCUGUUUAUUACCCGUUCAUCACUGCAGCGAGUGAGUGACAGCCAGCGAGCAACCCUACCGUCCCCGUACGCAUCGGUGCCCUCUGCCUCCACUGCUGGCUGCUACCCGUCCGUUGCCUGCGCCGGGCCUCUGCUCUUCCGGACCGCUCACGCCUCCCCACUCCCUCUCCCACCCACCCAUACACACCCACCCACACAACAUCCUCCCUCCCUCCUUCCCUCCCUUCCAUCAUGCUCCCAUCCCCACGCCCCCUGUCGCCCGCCUUCCAAUGCUGUCCUGUUACUCGCCCAUGGUAAACAUGGCCGGCUCGAGCUCGCAAUUCCUGCAGGUCCCCAAGAUCCCCCUUCGCCGCCCCAAACCACAACCGCAGCAGGCCCGCGCCCGCUCCCGAUCACGCCCUCGCAGCGACAGGCCCGAGGCCGUCAUCUCCCCCAUCGCCGCCCGUCCGCAGUCCCCCCCGAUGCCUGCGGCAGACUCCCACCACAAGCCCAGUCUGAAUGGCUUCUCCUCCCACACCGCCCACCCCAUGACCAAAGACAUCACUCCCACCCCGCCCACCUACUAUACCCCGACCCCGGACGUCAAAAUGAACGACGUCACCAUGGCCGACGACUCGACCGGCACCAAUUACGAUGAUCUCUCCACCGACCUCAACGGCGGAAUGUACACCCUCGAGCAAUGCGUCACACCACCCCCCGAGAUCCCCCUCCGGCAGAAGUUAAUAGGGACAUGGAAGCUCGAAUCCUACAUUGCCUACCCGACUCCCACCUCCGUCCCCCAGCGGCCCACCUACCCCAUGACGAAAAACGUCACCGGCUUCAUCAUGUACACCCCCGAUGGCUACAUGUCAGCACAGAUGCUGAUUCCCGGCCAACAAACCUUCAAGCGCGGCGAGGGCGACGAUGCGCAGUGGACCGAGGCGGCCAAGCGCUUCUUUGCCUACUCCGGCCCGUUUUACAUCACCGACGAAGGGCCGGGGCGAGAAGAGACUCUCCGCCAUACCUUUCAGAUAUGCAACCUGCCCGGCUGGGUAGGCGAUAUCCAAAUCCGGACACAUCGCUUCGAGGAGAAUGGCGAGGUGCUCGUACUGGGGAGUGAGGAAUUAGCAGAGAUCAAGGGCGACAAGCGAAAACCCGAGCUUCGAUGGAGGCGCGCGCGCUGCAACCUGAGCGCCGACCCGCCUCCUCCCACGCCGCAAAUCAAAAUCAGCGGCCCGGAAGAAUCAUGACAGACGCUCAAUCCCUUCUCGUCACGGAGCGGCAAUUGUGGUCACUGAAACCCGAUUUCCGCCCACCUUUCACGACCAAAUAUAGAUGAAACUCGCGGCGAAACACACCACGCCCAGUCCCGCCAUUCUUUUUAUUACAUGUCUUUUGAGCAUGGCCCAAGCAUUCUCAGCGAAAACGGGGGCAGUGGGACCACGGCGCAACGGGCGAGGAGAUUUCAUCUACCUUAUGUUUCGAGAUAUACCACCAAAUCGCACAGGCUGCCGGCUGGCUCUUCAUCACACAGGAGGGCGUGCAACGGAGAGUACACGAGGCAAGCGAGGGGCAGGCUGAGAGGGCAGGCAGACCGACAGAUUUAGCACGCGCGAGAAAAUGACCAAGA